AUGGUUGCCAACAAAAAGAACGCUACAAAACGGAAGGUCGACAGCGGUACGGUGAAAACGGCAGCGGCGGCGGAAAAUGCGGCAUCAAAAGUGGAAGCCGAAGCGAACUCCGAAAGCGAUUACGAAUCGGACAAGGAAAAUCUACUCGCUGAGAUUGGAAGUGAUGAGGACAGCAGCGACUCGGAAGGGGAGUUUGCCGACGACGACGAUGAUGAGGUGCUGAGCUUCGAGAGUGUAGAUUCCGACUACGACGAGACCGCGGAGUUGGGUGAGGAUGGAAAAGAAGAAUUGGAAGACGAAGAAGGUACGGAAGACGAGGAGGAACCAGGGGAGGACGAAGCAGCAGAAUCGGCGGACGAUGUGAAUAGCGACAGCUCGCCGGAAGAAGACGGUGACGACAGCAGCGAGGACGAGGAAGAAAAAGAAAGCGACGGAAAGGAAGACGAAAAAGAGGAGGAUGAUGCGGCCAACGAUGAGGAUGAUGAUGGGCCAAAGUUGAAGGAAAUUGCCAAAGUGCUGGGUAGCACGGUAGCGAAGAAAACCCGCGGCGUCAGCGUGUUUCCACCGGAACCGCAACGCAAGGGCAAACCGAAGGACGAGUACGCCGGUGGAGACACAUCGGACGAAGAGGACGUCCGUAACACGGUCGGCAACAUACCGAUGCACUGGUACGACGAGUACAAGCACGUCGGUUACGAUUGGGACGCAAAGCGCAUCAUCAAACCCAAACAGGGUGAUGCGAUCGAUGACUUUAUGAAGCGCAUGGAAGAUCCAAACUUUUGGCGCACGGUGCGCGAUCCCCAGACUGGCCAGAAGGUAGUGCUGUCCGAUGAGGAUGUUGCGCUGAUCAAACGCGUUAUGGCCGGUCGCAAUCCGGACGGUGAGUACGACGAACAUGCACCGUGGGUCGAGUGGUUCACGUCCGAGGUGGAGACAAUGCCGAUACGCAACAUUCCCGACAGCAAGCGCUCGUUUCUGCCGAGUCGAGCCGAGCGGCAAAAGAUUGGCCGCAUGGUGCACGCCCUGAAGAUGGGUUGGGCGAAGACGCGCGCCGAAACGGAACGGUUGGCAGCGGCCCGCAAGGGUCCAAAGUUCUACAUGCUGUGGGAGACCGAUCACGGCAAGGAGGAGAUGCGCCGUAUCCACGAUCACGUGACCGCGCCGAAGCGUCCGCUUCCGCACCACGCAGAGUCGUACAAUCCGCCGCCGGAGUAUCUGUUCAACGAGCACGAGAUGGCCGAAUGGAAGCGCCACGAGGAGGAACCGUGGAAACGUAAGCUACACUUUGUACCGCAAAAGUUCCGCAGUCUGCGGGAGGUACCGGCGUACGAUAAGUUCGUAAAGGAGCGCUUUAUUCGCUGUUUGGAUCUGUACCUGUGUCCGCGUGGCAAGCGCACCCGCGUAACGGUCGGUCCGGAGUACCUGGUACCGAAGCUACCAUCACCGCGCGAUCUGCAGCCCUUCCCGACGCAGCAGAAUCUUGUCUACAACGGCCACACCGGGAUGGUGCGCUCGAUUAGCGUAGAGCCGCACGGCGAGUAUUUGGUCACCGGUUCUGACGAUCACACGGUUAAAAUUUGGGAAAUCGCAACCGCACGUUGCAUUCGCACGAUUCCGACCGGUGACAUUGUGCGCUCGGUCGCCUGGUGUCCGAAUGGGAAGAUUUCGCUCGUUGCCGUGGCGAGCGGAAAACGAGUGCUGCUCAUCAACCCGAAGGUCGGCGAUCACCUGCUGGUGAAGAAGAUGGACGAUUUGCUGGAAGAAGCACCGCGUGCCGAUACGAUCGAUAACGAGCGCAUCCGGACCGCCAUUCAGUGGACCGAAGUGACGGAGGAAGACCGGAAGGCCGGCGUACGGAUUGCGAUCACACACUUCCGGGACGUAAAGCAAGUGGUGUGGCACGGUCGAGGUGAUUACUUUGCCACCGUCAUGCCCGAUGCCGCCAAUCGGUCGGUCCUGAUCCAUCAGCUGUCCAAGCGACGGUCGCAGUUGCCGUUUUCGAAGAGCAAGGGCUUGGUACAGUGCAUUCUAUUCCAUCCGGUUAAACCUUGUCUAUUCGUGGCGACUCAGCGGCACGUACGAGUGUAUGAUCUCGUGAAGCAAGAGUUGCUAAAAAAGCUGUUCCCCGGCUGCAAGUGGAUCUCCAGCAUGGCGAUCCACCCGAAGGGGGACAAUCUGGUGAUUGGCACGUACGAGAAGAAGCUAAUGUGGUUCGACCUCGAUCUGUCCACGAAACCGUACCAACAGCUGAGGCUCCAUAACUCGGCCGUUCGAAACGUUGCCUUCCAUCUACGCUACCCGCUGUUCGCGUCCGCGAGUGACGAUCGUAGCGUGAUCGUUUCCCAUGGAAUGGUUUACAAUGAUUUGCUGCAGAAUCCGCUGAUCGUGCCACUCCGGCGGCUCGAGCAUCACGAUCGCGUGAAUGAUUUUGCCGUGUUUGACGUCGUGUUUCACCCAACGCAACCUUGGCUUUUCUCGUCCGGCGCAGACCACACCGUUCGCCUUUACACAUAAGAUGGCCCUUGAACUA